GUUGCCUCUGACUACUGCCCAGAGCGGAGCUGCUCCCCACCCAGUUCCCAUCUCGCCCUCGCCACCCCUAAUCUCCUCGUCGCGCAACGCGACGCCACCACUCUUUGUCACCACCUUCCCCUACUGCCGCCCACCAUGAUAAGUAUCCUAGUUCGGACUAGUCUGCUAGCUAGACCACAACUCCCUGGCAGCGAGUGCUGACAUCCUCUGCACAGUUCCCCGAAGCGGCGCGUUGACACGGACGUAAUGAAGCUCCUCAUGUCCGACUACGAGGUCACGCUUGUCAACAACAAGAUGUCCGAGUUUUACGUCAAGUUCAAGGGCCCUGCUGAGACUCCAUUCGCCCAGGGUGUAUGGAAGAUCCACGUCGAGCUCCCCGAGCAGUUCCCGUACAAGUCGCCGAGCAUUGGGUUUAUGAACAAGAUCUUCCACCCCAAUAUCGACGAGUUGAGCGGAUCUGUUUGCCUCGACGUUAUCAACCAGACAUGGUCGCCUAUGUUCGAACUCAUCAACAUCUUCGAGAUCUUCCUUCCACAGCUCCUCCGUUACCCAAACCCUACGGACCCACUUAACAACGAGGCGGCAGCUCUUCUGAUGCGUGACCCUAAGGCAUAUGCGAAGAAGGUCGAGUCGUACGUUGACAAGUAUGCGUCGGCCGAGGACGCGGACAAUGCCGGGGACGCGGACGGGGAUGAGCCCAUGUCGCGCUCGAACCGUGACCGCGAUCGCAACGGCAACGGCAGCAGUGCCGCUGGCAACGGCGGCAACGGACACUCGAACGGGGCGGACGCCAAUGGCGAAGAUGAAGAUGACAGUAUGAGCGACAAGAUGAGCGACAUGGGCGAGUUGAGUGACGGCGAUGAGUUUAUGGGCGAGAUGGAAGACUGAGGUCGCCGCUCCGCCUCGCGUCUCAACCGCUCAGCACGCCACAUCACUCGCCACGAGCUCAUGACUCCGUUUUAUAUCGGAGCCAGCAUCCUCUGC